GAAAUUAGUUGAAGCUCAGCAGAAAAAGGAAAAUGGCUACUACUGCUAGGGGAUUCUUGCUAGUUAACAAGCACUUCCAAGUCGAAUCCUUUCAAAAUAAAGAAAUCAACCAAAUGAAGAAAGCUGUCAAGGAUGAGAUGCGUAUGGCUUCAGCAUCAUCAAGAAGGAAGAUUAUAUCCCAAGAAUAUGAUGUUCGGAAGAAGCAUUUUGGUUUUGUGAAUGUAGCCACUGGUGAGGAAAGGCAGAAAUUGGAUUCUUGGAAAUCAAAUAUUAGCGGUGGAAGUGGAAGAUUGCUGCAAGAUGGCCUCGUUUACAGGCAAAACUUUUUGGUUAGAUCAUUUGAAAUUUGCUUUGACGGAAAACUUUCCUUGGCUGCCUUGACCAAUUAUUUACAGGACACAGCACUUGAACAGUGUAGAGUUAUAGGUAUAUCGGCUGAUGGUUUUGGUUCAACACCAGAAAUGAGUAGACAGGAUUUGAUAUGGGUAACCUCCACUUUGCAGAUAGUGGUGGAUAGCUAUCCUUCCUGGCAUGAUUGUGUAGAGGUGGACACAUGGUUUUAUCCAUCAGGACAAAAUAGCGUAGGUCGAGACUGGGUUGUUCGUGACGGUAAGACAGGGAGUACAUUGGCUCAAGCAACCAGUUUAUGGGUAUUAAUGAAUAAGAAGACAAGGAAGUUAUCCAAGCUUAAAGAAGAAAUCAGAGACGAGUUAGCUCCUCACAUGAGGAAUUGUGAUCCUAUCAUUGUUAAGGAUAGCAGAAAAUUGCUACGACUCGAUGUUGAUACAGCGGAUUUUGCUCGAGAAGGUGUAAAACCUGAAUGGGAUCAGCUUGAUCUCAAUCAGCAUGUGAACCAUGUUCAGUACAUUAACUGGAUUCUUGAGGUUGUUCCCCGCUCUUGUGUAGAACAUCACAAGCUUUCUGCCAUAACUUUGGAGUACAGGAAAGAGUGUACCACAGAUAGCGUACUGCAGUCUCUGGCCAGGAUUGUUAAAGAUGGAGUCCGUCAUAAUAGUAAUGAUAAAGUGAUAGAGUUGGAACACUUGCUCCUCUUGGAGAACGGAUCCGAAAUUGCCAGGGGAAGCACCAGUUGGACGCCAAGAGAUUUUCCAGCAGAAAUUACUACCAACCAUAAAGUGCUCAUAACAGAACCAGCAAAAUGAAGAAGAAAAGGAAAAAAAAAAAAAGGAGUAUUGUUUUUCUGACAUUCCGCAAUAAUUAGAUUACACUUAUCGCUGAUAGUGAAUAAUAAUAAUAAAAAAAAGAUUGACAGCCUUUGGCAGAUACCGAAA